GUACGACGCGACAUUUUACAAUCGCGACGUUUUAUAUCCUCAAACAGUGAAUGAUAGAAAAAGCGAGUGGAAGAGAAAAAGUUAAUAAAAAGGAAGACAAUAGAAAAGUGCAAAACGAAAAUUUAUAUUUUUUAGCUUUUUGAAAAAGUAGAACGUAACUUGUAUUUACUACAAGACUUGUCUCCACUGAGAAAAGUGAUGACUUAAUUGUUUUUAUUUGAUAACGAUGUUAACAAGAGAACUACAAUAGUACGGGUACUUUUUGACGACGUUCAAUUUAAUUUGACACAAGAAAAGUUAAGAAAAGAACGAAUCAGGAGACAUGGGAUGUAAUACCAGUAAGGAGAGCGUCCAGCCGGCUGUAGACGAGGCGAAAGAAGGGGAUUCCAUCAAGAACGGGGAUAUUUCAAAGGCGGCCGAAAACAGCGCAACGAAAGCGGAGUCCGCAGACGAGGGAAAAGAAAACGACGCAGACGAAGAAAAAGAGGCAGCAGCCACAAAAAUACAAGCAGCUUUCCGUGGGCAUCACGCUAGGAAAAGUCUAAGAGUGUCGGAAACAGCAUCGAAGGAGACCGACGAAAAAUCCUCCGAAUCUACGGAACAACCUACGCAAGAACAGUUGCAGGAGGAAUUCUCUACCGACGAUCAGGAGCUCUGUAACGCGGCGAAAAAGAUACAAGCGACUUUCCGGGGCCACAUGUCGAGGAAGGAACAAGCUGCAGCCAAGUCGGCGAUGAAUAUGGUUGAGAGUGCAACUGCUAAGAUAGAAGAAAAGAUGCAAGACGCUGUUCAAGAAUUAGAGGGGAUCGACUUGGCCGAUCCAGACUUGCAUAAGGCAGCGACUAAGAUUCAAGCAAGUUUCCGCGGUCACAAGGUUCGUCAGGAGGUCAACAUCCAUUCUACUGCCGACGACUCUAAAAAAUAAGACGCUUACUCAAAUGCAGGGAUGCCGGGAGAUAGAAUAUUACUUAUUACAGUCAGUGCCAUUCUUAACAGGUUUCAAACGCCAUUCCCUAUUUCUUGUACCUUAUAAUGUAGCAUCCAUAAAUUAGUAAAUUAUGCGCGUAAAAUAUAUACGAGGCAUUCCAGACAAGCCGAACAACGGACAGCCGAACGAAUUUGACUAUUAGUUUACUUCGGGCCACUAGUUAUUGUGAACAACGAUACCGUUUAUUUUACAUUAAUAAUUAAUCCAGCCUUUGCCCGGGACCAGUGAGAUUUAAGCGCUUUCUACUUUGGCUAAAAUGAGGAUCUUUCAAACGAGAUAUUUACAGGCUGAGGCAUAUAAAUGUGGGAACAUUUAAAUAUUUCUAUUAUUUGUGGAUAUAUAAAAAGUUUUCUGGAACAAAGUUGCAUUGUGUAAAGAAGAACUAUAAUGGUAAAUAAAACAAGAUUGUUCCUUGAGCUGACUCCUAUAAAUCGAUUUUAAGUAUAUUUCACACAAUUCGCUACAUGACCACAUUCUUAAACUAUCUUCAUACUAUCGAUUUACACUUACAUUUUUUAUGAGUUAUUACUGCCAUACAUGACAGAGGGAUAUACAUAUAGGCAGAUUUUUCAAGACUUUUCAAAGGACUUUUCAACAUGGUAACAAUACUUUCUAUGUAAAACACUAAAAAAAAAAAACGAUGAUAUAGGGGAAAAAAAGAAAACAGAUAGUCCCCUAUAUAAUACUCAACAUAAAUUGUGAUCUACAACAACAGAAUAACAAACAUGCAAAAUCCUCAUAUCUGGUAGGUAUGUUAAGUGGAACGCGACGAACGCGAUAGAAUAUAACUUUAACAUCCUGCGCAUGAUAAACGGAGCAUACAUUAAGAUGUACCAAUAUCAAUAUAUGCAUGUUAACUUUUAUAAGUUCCUGUAUCUGUGUAAAAUAAACGGUAUGGUUGUAGCGUUUCCAAUUCUAAAAU